UUUUAUAAUCUGCAAAAGUUGACAAACUCUACCAGCCUCCUAGAAACAAAACCAAACCCAUCUUUCUCUCUACUUUUUGGUACUGUACUACCACUGUGUGCUAUAAAGAACUGAAAUGUAUCUUUCUUUCUAGAUUCUCUCUGCAAACCCUGAGCUCUUAUAUCCCUCCCUAUCAUGUGAAGGUGUUUUUGAGAAUCCCCAAAUCUUCUUUUUAAACCCCCUUUGCUGUCUUCCUUUUCAGAUAAGAACCUCUUCAAUCUCUUUUUUCUUGUUGCCUUUAUAAUCACUUUUUUUUUGUUCUUUUAUUUUUUUUGUGCUCUUCUUGGCUUGCCAAAAUCUGCCUCACAACAUGGAUGGUGGACAAAUUCCAGCAUUUGGAGACUGGGAGCACGCAAAUGAGUUGCCAAUAACUCAAUAUUUCGAAAGUGCAAGACAAGCAGGCUUGAUUCGAUACAGUUCUUCUGGAGAAUGUGAUCAGUACAUGCGUGGUGAUUUGUAUGCUACUGAUUUCAAGAAACCUUCUCGUGAUCUUGGUCCUCCAAGAAAGACAAGGGUGAAAGAGAGGCGAGUCCCACUCCCACAUGUCAAGGAGCAGAAGAAACAAGUCAAAGUUAGUGACGUGACUGAACCGCCAAGAAAACAACAGUGCCAGAAACCCAUAUCUGUUUACAGUGUGUCAGAAAAGAACAAUGGUGUCUCGGUUCACCCACGUCCUAAAUUGCCUGUUAGACCUCCUAAACCUGUUGAUGAAGACCUCUACAAAAUCUCUCCUGAGCUUCUCCGAUCUUCCAAGCGGAAGAAGAAGGUGGCAGGGUUCUUUUCAUGCCUUGUGCCUUCCUGUGCUUCAUAAAUUUUGCAGCAAUCCAAGAUGAGAUCACUGCUUUAUGUGAAAAAAGUAAAAGAAGAAGAAGAAGAAGAAGAAAGUGGAAAAGAGAUGUAUGAACAUAUUUGUUCACAUUAUAGUUAAUUAGACCAAACCAUGAAUGAGAAUAGAUGUGCUUAUGCUGUGUUAUUUGA